UUUUCCAAGGCAGUGUUUACUUUCGUUUUCCUUACCCAUAGAACAGCCCGGGAACAGAAACCCAGCCGGGCAGAUGUCACGACGCAGCAUGGCUUUGGUACCUCUGUGGUCCUCCCGUGUUUUCUCCGUGGAUGUGGACGGAGGACCGGUCUACUUUCGACUCCAAAACGAACACCCCGGAAAAGGAGGCAAGGUAGUGAAGCGUUUGUUUGAAACUAGCAUGCUAAAGGACGACGGGUGUUACUCUAUCCUCGUUUCCAGCGGGGACAAACUCCACAACGCCAAGUUUUACUGGGAACUGAAAGAGAAACUUUUAGGAGGACUUAGUCAAGGGUGUCGUUUAUCUCCAAUGUGCGCGUUCCUGCCCGGCGUCAAGGACUCGCUCAUACGGGGCUAUUUCGUGAAGGACGCCUCCAUUUCGACGGAGAUACUUUUACGACAGUUUGUGCUACGUGACGACCCUGCGUUGGUGUGCUCCUACACGCCGGGGGAGGACACGGAAAAUGACCCACUGUGGACUCAGCAUCUGUGGACGCACGCACAGAAUCACUACAUUGUGUCCUCAGAACCUCCUGAUUGCCACCCUGCCACCCUCAACAUGGUCAACUCUGAUGUUUUCUACAGUUUCCAGGAGGCCCGUGACGUUUUAAAGAAGUGUGCUGACAUCAUUCCAGAAGCCACAUCUGUACUGGAGCUUCUGCCCAGAGGCGGCGGGGGCUGUGGCAGCGUGGAGGCCAGAAGCGAACCAGACUUCCCCGUUAUUGUCUUGGAAGGCCUUGAUGCCACAGGUAAAACCACAUUGACCGAGUCUCUGCGGGACGCACUGGGAGCCACUCUUUUGCGAUCCCCUCCUCAGUGCCUCUCCCCCUGGAGGGCCCGCUUUGAUCAAGAGCCCCCCAUCGUACGCAGGGCCUUCUACGCUGUGGGCAACUACAUCACAGCACAGCAAAUAGUCCACCACGCCUCCAAGAAACCCGUCAUUGUUGACAGGUUCUGGCACAGCACAGCCGCUUACGCCAUCGCGACAGCAGUGAGCGGUUCAACAUGUGACCUCCCAACAGAGGGCUCUGAGCUGUAUCGCUGGCCCGGUGACCUGCUCCGACCCAGUCUGGUUGUCCUGCUCACGCUGGACCCUGAGGAGAGGAAGAGGAGGCUGAAGGGUAGAGGUCAAGAGAAGACAAAAGAGGAAAAUGAGCUGGAUCGAAACCAACACUUCAGGCUCAGAGUGGAGGAGGCUUACAGGAGGAUCAGCGGUCCAACGUGCAUCAGCGUGGACGCCAGCUCCUCUGCAGAGCAAGUGUUUCAACAAGUGCUGCUUUUAAUUAAGGCCAAAUGCCACUUGUAAACAGCUCUCUUGUCUGUGAUAGACCUCUGAGCAUUAAGUGAAUGCACUUUCUUUUGUGACCACUGGGUGCCAGUAGAGUUAUGUGAAUAAGAAGCGCUUGGAAAGGAGUGAAAGCAAGAGGGGAUGCCACCACCAAAGGGGGGUUAGAGGAGUCACAGUCCAAUCAGGGAUACAUAUUCAUGCACACAAUUCCUCAGAAGAAAAGUGCAUUUAACUGCUGUUAUGAGUCACAACUAAUUUAGCUCAGCACUGAUUAUUUAAUAUCAGUGUGCAAGAGCAGAGGAAAUCCACAGCAGAAUUAUUAUUAAACAAUGGAGACAUAUUUGUUAACUAAGAAUAUCUCAAAUAAAAGCAAACAUCGUAGCACUAUAGCAGGGGUGUCAAACAUACGGAACAGGUUUUACCUGGCACGCGGGAUGAGUUUUCUCAGUAUAAAAAUGAGCAGACAUUUUUGAAUGAAAGAAACUGCAGUUCUAAAUGUGUCCACUAGAUCAGUGUUUUUCAACCUUUUUGGAGCCAAGGCACAUUUUUGUUCAUUGAAAAAAUGCGGAGGCACACCACCAGCAGAAAACAUUAAAAAUGUAAACUCGGUAGUUGAUAUUGACAGUAAAAAGUAAUUGUUGCAAUUGUUGGAUAUUAAUUCAAACCAUAACCAACCAUGCAUCACUGUAGGUCUUGUCUCAAAGUGUCACGACCUGUCACAUCACGCCGUGACUUAUUUGGAGUUUUUUGGUGUUCUCCUGUGUGUAGUGUCUUGCGCUCCUAUUUUGGUGACUUUUCCUAUUUUGUUGGUAUUUACCUGUAGCAGUUUCAUGUCUUCCUUUGAGCGCUAUUCCCCGCACCUGCUUAGUUUUAGCAGUCAAAACUAUUUCAGUUGUGCGGACGCUAUCCUUCUUUGUGUGGAAAUUGUUGAUUGUCAUGUCAUGUACGGAUGUACUUUGUGGACGCUGUCUGCUCCACACGCUGUAAGUCUUUGCUGUCGUCCAGCAUUCUGUUUUUGUUUACUUUGUAGCCAGUUCAGUUUUAGUUUCGUUGUCCAUAGCCAUCCCUAAGCUUCAAUGCCUUUUUUAGGGGCACUCGCCUUUUGUUUAUUUUUGGUUUAAGCCAUACUUGCCAACCUUGAGACCUCCGAUUUCGGGAGGUGGGGGGCGUAUAUAAAAUAAAUACUUUAAUUUCAGUGUUCAUUUAUUUACACAUAUACACACACAUAACACUCAUCGUUGAGUUAAGGGUUGAAUUGUCCAUCCUUGUUCUAUUCUUUGUCACUGUUUUUCGAACCAUGCUGAACACCCUCUCUGAUGAUGCAUUGCUGUGUGGCACGCACAAAAGUGCUUUCAUCAAAUGCACUAGAUGGCAGUAUUGUCCUGUUUAAGAGUGUCACAACAUUGCUGUUUACGGCAGACGAACUGCUUUACGGUAGACAAAAACGUGACUGCUGUUGUUGUGUGUUGUUACCACGCUGGGAGGACGUUAAUGAAACUGCCUAACAAUAAACCCACAUAAGAAACCAAGAACUCGCCCUCGAUCAUUCUACAGUUAUAACGUGAUUGGGCAGGUAUGCUGUUUAUAUUGUUAGCGGACUCACUCAGAAUUUCGGGAGAUUUUCGGGAGAAAAUUUGUCCCGGGAGGUUUUCGGGAGAGGCGCUGAAUUUCGGGAGUCUCCCGGAAAAUCCGGGAGGGUUGGCAAGUAUGGUUUAAGCAUUAGAUACGACGUUUACAAAGCAAUUAGCUACCUGCUGCCACCUACUGAUAUGGAAGAGUAUUACACGGUUGCUCUGCCGAGCUCUAGACAGCACCGACACUCAACAACAGCACUUUAUUUGCAGAUUAUUAUUACUGGUUUGCAUAAAAUAUUUUUAACCCAAAUAGGUGAAAAUACAUAAG